AUGAAUUCAAAUAUUGUUUCGAACGAUUCAUCAUUAUAUAGAGCAGCUGGAUAUUUAGAGGGUUAUUUGACAUGGAGCACAGCAUGGAACUACACACAAUCAUGGAUUGCCAAUAACGUCGAUGGCCAGAUUGAUAUGGACUUAUUAAAUGAUUUUAUGAAUACAAAUUAUCAAUGGAUGUUGGAUAACUUUGCUCCACCAUUUUCAUCGGUAUAUGACCAACAGGUUUAUAAUGUAAUUCAACAAUUUGAAGGUUUCACCAAAGGUUACGAAACAGCAGCCGACUCGGACAAGCAAUUACCAUUCGAAACAUUAUUGUUAUUACAAUAUGCAGGUGAUAUCGAUGAUGUUAUAGGUUAUUUACAAUACGAAAACUCACCCAACAAAACUGCUUAUGGGGAGCAAACUUUCACAUUUAAACAACUUGAAGAAUACAUGGCCACCAAAGGAAGAUGCUCAGGUUUGGUUAGGGUCCCACCAGAUUUCUCAGAAUUAUUUAUUUCACAUUCUACCUGGGGUUCCUAUUUCAGUGCUGGUUAUCGUGUCUUCAAACAUAUCAUUAUACCAGAUUCAAGUGUUCCAGGUAAUGAAGUUGUAUUUUCAAGCUAUGCCGGCUUUUUAUCUUCAGAUGAUGACUUUUUCCAAGUUCUUUCAACAAAGUUAGCAGUCAUAGAAACCACUAAUAAUGUUUUGGAUCUUUCACUCUACCAAUAUUGCACACCAAAUUCAUUAUUAUAUUGGGUUCGUUCCAUUGUUGCCAAUCGUAUUUCUUCAUCUGGUCAAGAAUGGACCGAAAAUUUUGUUAAAUAUAACUCUGGUACAUAUAAUAACCAAUGGAUGAUUGUUGAUUAUAAAUUAUUUACACCAUUUGAGCAACUCCAGCCAAACACUCUUUGGAUUGUAGAGCAAAUCCCGGGCAAUUCAUUAUCAAAAGAUGUUACCGACAUGUUAUCAUUGGGUUACUGGCCAUCGUAUAACAGACCAUACUUUACCCAAUUUUAUCAAGAGUUAGGUUAUGGAAAAUAUCAAGAGUUAUACGGCAUCAUUUUUACAUACGAAUUAAACCCACGUGCUAAAAUUUUCCGUAGAGAUGCUCAAAAGGUCUAUUCAUUAAACGAUAUGCAGGGAAUAAUGACAAUGAAUAAUUAUAAAACCGAUCCAUACAGUGGAGGUUACCCGGGUAAUGCUAUUGCUGCAAGAUACGAUUUAGGAGGUGGUCCAAGUGAACCAUUUGGCUGGUCUUAUAUAGGUUUACAUGGUGCAAUCGACUCAAAAAUUGCCUCGUAUCAAAUGAUUCAAAAUAAUCAGUUAAUAGCUAUCAAUGGACCAACUGUAACUCCAGAUUGCCCUCCAUUCACAUGGAAUUCAAAUUGGACUAACUCUCAAGCCCACAUUGGUUCACCAGAUACUUUUAAUUUUGAUUGGGUUAUUAUUGAUAUUAAAAAUAAUUAA